AUGUCUCUCCGCGUCGACGAAUUCACAGCCAAGCGGCUUGUGUACGAAACCUCACUACCGUUUGAUACAGUAGCAGCGCGCUUGGACGAGCAGCUGAGCUUGGACAAGUCGGGUCCAAACAUGAUCGCACUGCUCAGAGGCGCCAAGACUCGAGAAGAUCUCGAGCAGGGUAUGACGAAUAUGACCAAUGGGAAGGAUUUCGCGACCUUCAUCCGCGCAUCCUUCCACGGCUGGCGCAAUGCGUAUUACGGCACAACGGAUGCGCCAAAGACGUUCCAGUACAUCUUCGGGAACCCGCUUGUCGCGGAAACGAUGGCGAAGCACGACAUCUUCACCGCGCUGAACGUCCCCCUCCGGCUACUGGUGACCGAGAAGGCGGAUCGGAGCGGGACACAGCUUGUGUAUUUGCAACCUUCGACGAUUGUCGCGGUUCCAGUCGACGGCGAGGUCAACGAAGACCUGAAGGCCGCUGCGGAAGCUCUCGAUGCGAAGGUGGAGAAGCUGAUCCGGACACUCAUGCUGAGGAUUACAGGAGACACCGUCCGACCUGAUGGGCCCACGAUAGGUGCAGUUAAGGACUUCAUUCUCUUCCCCCACGUUCUCUGCUGGUCUACAUCUACAGAAAUGGAGCAGGAUACAAGCACGAGCGUGUCUACCAUUCGUGGUCUCCCUCGUCUGGAUACUUUCGUGCUCGCUACCUCAGGCGCAAUCGCAGGAGAGGAGGACUGGGCCCGCCCGCCUUCGCCGCACAGCGGGUUGCCAUCACCAAGUGAUUCCGUGUCUUCUUUUCCCUCAGUGUCCUCGUCGUUUCUGUUUUCCUCUGGCCCCGGUAGUCCCCCGCAUUCACAUCCGGAGUCGCGCUCUGACGCUGGGUACGAUCACGACUUGCACGAUUCAACUAGCGGACUCGUAAUACCCUCUUUGACGCUACCUGCGCCCGCACCCCGACCGACGCCAUACGGCCAGACACUUGGGGACUUACGCCUGCUUAUUCUUGCGCCCCGGCGUGCGGCUUCGUCCACCGCGGCGCUCGUAGCAUCUCUGAUCGAAGACAACGAUGAUAUUGUUGAGCAAGGCUCCUGGGAGGAGCUGCUCGCAGACACAGGCAGCGCGGAGCGGGCGUCCGUGCUACGCGCCUCGACGGCCUGGGUCGAGCAACGGGACGCGCACGGGCUUGAAUGCACCGAGCCUGCGCGCAACGUGGAAAUCGUGGAGCUUUCUGGAUAUGACUCAUCAGACGAUGUGCAGAUGAUUGUAGACCGCACGCUACCGAUCGUGCAUGCGCCGUUUUAUCAAGUGCUGGAGGCUCUCAACCCAGAGUAUGCACCGAGCGCAGUGCUCGCGAACCUUCUUUCAUCCUCGUCGUCGCCAUUGUAUACGGCAAUGAUUCUUCUAUUGACGUCAUCCCCCAACGCGACCGAGAAGGCGCUCCUGGACGCUCUGAGCCCUCAUAUCCCGCUGAUUGUCAUUCCGCCUCUUCCCGGGCAGCCAGCUUACCCGUCAUAUACCUACAAAUACACAUCAUACCCCUUCUCCGGCCGAUCGUCCGCCAAUGACUCGCCUGUAUACCCUGCCGGCCCAAGCUCACCAAUCCUUGCUGCCCCCCUUUCCGCGUUCCGCCCCUCGUCUCCUGAAGUCCUGCGUGGGGGCCUGUUCCGCACGCCCGAGACGAUCGCGCAUCUGCGUGCCGAGGGAUCCGCGCGAUUCCUACGCUGGCGCGAGGUCGAGCGCGCCGUGGCGCGGAUCAGCGCGAGCAGUGGUGGUACUAUCAGGGCAUCUGGUCCGAAAGCGAGCGCGAACAAGGGUAAGAAUACCUGGGACAAGGCGCAAUGGGAAGCACAAUGGGAGGGCACAUUAUCGCAGGACAUCGCUGCGGGCCUGCAAAGGCGGAAGCGCGCGGACAUCGCGGUACCCCCCACGCAACCGAGAUUCAACCGCGAAUUUUACGAGAGCCGGCCAGCUGCCUUCACGGAUUCGCAAGUUGACCGGAAAUAUCGCCCCUGCGUGCCUCCUGCGUUCGAUCCACUACACGUCGGAUCUCUCGUGGCGUUCUCGCUAUCCCUGCUCGGCCCGCUCCGCGCGCGAAUUGCACACUCGCUCGGCGUGGGUAUGGCUCCGUAUAUGGGGUGCGCGAAUGUGGAGAAGGAGGAGGCACAAGUGAAGACAGGCGCAGGGCUCGGUUUUGGGCUCGGUCUGGCGCUUGAACUUGAACAAGUUAAGCAACUCUCUAUUAUGGACCACGACAUCGCAGUGCAUCUGUCAGCGCAGAAGCGAGCAAUUCAAUCCGAGGCGAAGUCAAUCACGAGAGGUCGCCGUUCAGCUGAGUCCAUCCUGCAAGCAGUGCACCCCGUAGCAUCCGCGCGACAUGCAGAGAAAGGCCAGCACGGAGCGGCGUCAAAGGGGCACACAGACCCGCCCCACCGCACGACGCAGCUCAUCGACGGCGUGCUUUCUAUGCCUGAGGAGUCUGUCUCGGAGGCACAGUAUCAUGGCGUGCUGGAGAAUCUGGCGGUGGAUGAGCUACCGCCACCAAUAGACCGAGACACCAAAAUUAGUGGAAAAAUCGCUUCUCCUGAUACAUGA